GCGCAUUCAUCAGGACAUCAAAGAAUGAGAGGUGAGGAAAUUCUGGAUUUCAAAGAGAGCGAAAUAGGGGAGGGGGAGCGCUGGCAGGAGGAGAAAAGGGAGAACGGAGAGGCUUUUUUCAGUCAGCAUGCUCAGGAGGGUUAAUGCUUGGAGUUGAAAAGGUGUUCGAGCCGCAAAGGAGGAGAGGAAGAAAAGGGUAAAGGGGGAGGAGAGGGAGGUGGCAUUGCUGCACAUCCGUGCGUAAAUGUGAGCACCCUCGCCGCGGUCGCUCCAUCCCCUCCACCCUCAACCCCCCCUGCGCCUGCCUCCAGCGGCUCCGUCUCUGCGCCUCUGCAAGCCGGGAUCACCCGCGCGGUGCUCGGCGGCCAGAAAAAGCUCGGACCGUGGAGUCCCGGCUGUCGCGGCUCGGCGCCCUCCUGCAGGGCUUGGGAGGAGCGCCGGGGAACUCCGCCAGGUUUCUGCCGGGCUUCGUGACCACCGCCGCGGAGAGCCAUGGCUCGGAGCGCCGGGAGAGACGCGGCUCGACGCGCUCUCGGAUGCCGGUGAUGCGGGGUCUGAUCGCGCCGCAGAACACCUUCCUGGACACCAUCGCCACUCGGUUCGACGGGACGCAUAGCAACUUCGUUCUUGGGAACGCACAGGUCCAGUCCGUCUACCCCAUCGUCUACUGCUCCGAUGGUUUCUGUGAGCUCACAGGCUUUGCCCGCGGCGAGCUGAUGCAGAAGAGCUGCAUGUGUCACUUCCUGUACGGCAGCGAGACCAGCGACCGCAUCACCUCGCAGAUGCAGAAGGCUCUGGACGAACGGCGGGAGUUCAAGACUGAGAUCGUCCUGUACAAGAAGAGCGGCUCCGAGUUCUGGUGUCUGCUGGACAUCGUUCCUAUCAAGAAUGAGAAGAGCGAGGUGGUUCUGUUCCUGGUCUCGCAUAAGGAUAUCACAGAAAAUAAGGACCUGGACCGCGGCAAUGAUUCUGACACCGACGAGGAACUGGGCCUUGAGAUCCGUCAGGUCAGCCGCCCUCCAGGGUGCAACAUGGAGCGCCGGCGCAGUCGGGCUGUCCUCUACCAGCUCUCCGGACAUCUUCAGAAGCAGGACAAGACCAAGAGCAAACUGAAAAUCAACAAUAGUGUUCUUGGAGCCAACGCUAACCCGAUUCCAGAGUAUAAGGUGGCCGACGUCCAAAAGUCCCGCUUCAUCCUGCUUCACUAUGGCGCGUUCAAGGCCGGCUGGGAUUGGCUCAUCCUUCUCGCCACCUUCUACGUAGCCAUCACUGUUCCCUACAACGUCUGCUUCACCGCCGUGGAGAUACGAGAGGACGGCGUCUCGGCAGCCAGGAACCCUCCGAGCGUCAGCGACAUCUUGGUGGAGAUACUCUUCAUCAUUGAUAUCGUCCUGAACUUCAGAACAACUUACGUCAGCACGUCCGGUCAGGUCGUGUACGACGCUCGCUCCAUCUGCAUUCACUACGUCACCUCCUGGCUGUUUGUGGACCUGAUCGCAGCCUUGCCCUUUGACCUUCUCUACGCCUUCAACAUCAGCGUGAACUUUGGGGUUCACCUGCUGAAGACGGUGCGACUCCUUCGGCUUCUCCGCCUCCUGCAGAAGCUGGACCGUUACUCUCAGUACAGCGCAGUGGUGCUCACGCUGCUCAUGUCCACCUUCGCCCUCCUGGCCCACUGGAUGGCCUGUGUCUGGUACUUCAUUGGACGCAGCGAGAUUGAAAGCAACAACGCCGCCUCCUGGGAAAUAGGCUGGCUCCAUGAACUGGCCAAACGUUUGGGAACGCCAUACUUCCCGACGCCUCUCGCCUCCCUGCUGGGACUCUCCGAUUCCUCUCCCAGUGCCGCGAUGGCGGCCGACGCCGGCCACUGGAACGCUUCGGGUUCGCAGGCGCUGAACGGCACCGGCGGGUUGGGCCCGGCCCUGUGGAACGGCACCCGGACCAGACUGAGGACGCUGAACGGCUCGGCGAUGACGCUGAGCGGGGGGCCGUCCGUCAGGAGCUCCUACGUGACGUCUCUGUACUUCGCUCUCAGCAGUCUCACCAGCGUGGGCUUUGGCAACGUCUCGGCCAACACCGACUCGGAGAAGAUCUUCUCCAUUUGUACCAUGCUGAUCGGAGCCUUGAUGCACGCCGUGGUCUUCGGGAACGUGACCGCCAUCAUUCAGAGGAUGUACUCCCGCCGCUCCCUCUACCACACCCGCACCAAGGACCUGAAGGACUUCAUCCGUGUGCAUCGGCUACCGAAAGCCCUGGAGCAGCGCAUGAUGGAGUGCUUCCAGACGACCUGGUCCGUCAACAAUGGCAUCGACGUCAGCGAGCUGCUGAAGGACUUCCCGGACGAGCUCAGGGCGGACAUAGCCAUGCACCUGAACAAAGAGCUGCUGCAGCUGCCGCUGUUUGAAUCAGCCAGCAGGGGGUGUCUCCGUUCCCUCUCCCUCAUCAUCAGGACCUCCUUUUGUGCCCCUGGAGAGUUCCUCAUCCGCCAGGGCGACGCUCUCCAGGCAAUAUACUUUGUCUGCUCGGGAUCUAUGGAGGUUCUGAAGGAUAGCACAGUUCUGGCCAUUCUGGGUCGCGGUGACCUGAUCGGCUCUGACUGCCUCACCCAGGAGGAGGUGAUUAAGACCAACGCCUGCGUGAAGGCCCUCACCUACUGCGACCUGCAGUACAUCAGCCUCAAAGGGCUCCGCGAGGUGCUCUGCCUCUACCCCGACUACGCCCAAAAGUUCAUCACCGAGAUCCAGCACGAUCUGACGUACAACCUGCGAGAGGGGCACAGCACUGAGGCAGACUGCGAGAGCAACGGCGGCCUUGUGAAGAAACUUCCCAGCAUCAAGGAGGACGAGGAGGGCUCCGGAUCUGAGGGGGAACACUCUCCCCUCCCCAAGAUCUCCUCCCUGGGGAGGUUGGGCCGAGGUCUGCGCUCCCCGCUGCGCUCCCCUCUGCGCUCCCCGCUGCUGCCGCCGAGACCUUUCAGGCCGAUGAGCGAGCCCGCUCGGCCCUCCAGCCUGCAGAUCCCCGUGGUGAGCUUCAGCUGCCUGCAGCCGGACCUCAGCCCCCGGUUCGUGGACGGCAUCGAGACGGACCACCAGAGCAGCCCGGCUCAGAGGUUCGACUUUUCUCCCAGCGCGACGCAGCGCUUUCUGCCCGGCCCCGAUCCGGCCGCUCCAGGAGCCCGGGACGGCGGCGACACCAUGCAGACUAUCGAAAAGCUAAAGCACGAGAUGUGCGUCCUCUCCCGCCAGGUAACAGCCGUGAGCCAGGAGCUGCAGGAGAUGACCCGCCUCCUCAAGCCCCUCUUCCACAACCCCUCCGCGCUGCUGAUGCCCUGCUCCGUGACGCCCCCUCCCAGCGUGUCCCCUCGCUGCUGCUCGCCGGGCCCGACCACUUUAGCCCAGCAGGCCCCGGUCCCCUGUCUGCACUCCCCUCGGCGGGGCGCAGGCGCGGCGUUUCAGGGGCAGCCCGACCCCCUCCGCUGCUCCCUAGCCGUCUCCCCUCCUCCCUCUCAUCGCUCGGCUCCCCCUUCGCUCAACAGCUCUCCUCACGAGCACACGGCUGUAUCCCACCCCUGCUUUUCGUCCUCCAUCCCAUCGUUCACCUCUCCUCUCCUGGUUGAUUUAUCAGAACCCGGCUCCGAGUCACAGAUGCAGGCCCGAUCCCACCUCCCGGCAUCCUCCCACUCCUGCAUCCGGCCCUUUCUGCAAGCCUCCGGCACGGCGGCGAACCCCCAAACUCCCGGGAUGAACGUGCACGACGUGCAGCUCAGCUUCGUCGACGAGGGGCAGCCGUCGGUGUAAAAACGGACCUCAGUCGGCCAGCUGCAUGACGAACAAUCUGGCCCGAGUCUGGCAUGCUGCUCUGUAGACAUGUUUUUAGACCCUUCUCAUGAGCACGCUCUAUAAAACGUGAACACAAACUUGCUAAACUGUGUUUUUUUUAUGUGUUUGGUCCUGAAACGGUUUUAGAAACAGACAAAUGAAGGGAAUUCUGGGAGUUGUAGGAAGUAAAACGGUCCUUUUAUGGCAGAGAUCCCGUUAAUUGUGGGAUUUUAAGGAUUUAUUUGAACUACGUUUCUUUCCAAUUAUACCAGAAAAAAAAACAGCAAUGAUUUUUUUUUUUU